CAAAUUCUAUUUGCUGGGCCCCGGGUCUGGUCAUCGGAUUUGGGUGGACUGGCUACUGAUAGCUACUGAUCCCCAGCGGAUGGACUCCGAUCACCAGCAACAACGUGGCGACGACACAUCGCUUGGAGGUUUUUCCUUGGGGUGGCACACGACCACUCGACAUCCAGGCACGCCACCGCUUUCUUGUCGAGGGCGACGAAGCCGGGCCCGCCGUACAAUUGGUGAAGCAAGACUGCUGCGGAUCGGAGAUGAUGAUGUACUCGGUCAGGGCGCACGAGCAGGAUGUGUCUGAAUAGACGCACACUGAUCUGAUCAGCGGUCCAUGGCGGAGGUUGCUUCUUCGCUCGCGUGCAGCCUCUCAAUAAGCGAAUCUCCGCUGCAGAAUAAACAUAAAUACGAGCGGCGUGCAGCCAUGGCUCGUUGGACCGAGUCACCCUCCCCAGACCCGCUCCUCCAUCCCCGCCCCCCCCUCACACGAUGCGUUUCACCGCUUCAGCCACUCUCUUUUUCCUCUCCGGUCUCUUCACGGCGCAUGCAUCCCCCGUCACGCGCGAAACGAUCACCGCGCUCUCGGCACAGCAGGUGGACGCUUUCACCCCGUUCACGCACUACGCCGCGGCCGGAUACUGCGCACCGAACGUCACGAUGGCUUGGGAUUGCGGAAUUAGCUGCAAUGCGCUGCCCGGCUUCAAGACUGUGGGCGCUGGUGGCAACGGCGAUACGGUGCAGUACUGGUAUGUCGGGUACGACCCCGCCCUGCAGACCGUCAUCGUCUCGCACCAAGGAACGGUCCCCGCGCAUAUCCAGUCUCUGAUCACGGACUUGCGGUUCUUCUUGCGUCAUUUGGAUCCGACGAUUUUCCCUGGUCUCCCCAGCGACAUCGAAGUGCAUACCGGAUUCGCUGACGAACACGCCAAGACCGCGGCUGAUGUUCUUGCGGCUGUCAAGACUGCACUUUCCGAGUCCGGCUUCACCAAGGUGACGAUUGCCGGUCAUAGUCUGGGCGCUGCCCUUGGCUUGCUCGAAUCGGUCUAUCUUCCCUUGCACAUUCCCAAUGUGACUUUCCAGUCCGUUCUCUAUGGUCUUCCCCGGUUUGUGGGGAAUUCUGCCUUCGCCCACUAUGCCAGUCAAGGCGACACCAUCACGCACAUCAACAACAUGGAGGACUUUGUCCCCGUCCUCCCUCCUCGGUUCGUAGGCUAUCAGCAUCCAACCGGCGAGAUUCACAUUCAGGACACCGGCGAAUGGCACCCGUGCUCAGGUUACGACAACACCAGCGAUCUCUGCUCUACCGGAGACCUCAAGAUACUCAUUGAGUUCAACGUCAACAAUCAUUUGGGCCCUUAUAAUGGCAUUACGAUGGGAUGCCAGCAUUAAAAAUAUAUUUCGUAUAUAAUCGUAUAUUUCUGUGUCUGUCUGGUGUAGAUCGUGGCACGAUCA